UUUUGACAUAUUCAUUGUGCAUAAUUUGUUCGUGCACAUUUUGCAAAAUAUACAUAUUCCGCUGCAUUUAUUUUGCAUUUUAAUAGUCAUUUCUUCACGCUUGCUACAAAAAAAUCCUAACAUUUCCGUACCGGUAUAAAAAUCGCGUAUAUUUUCAGAGAAAAACAAUAACAUACAUGCACUCUGUGUGGAGAAUAAGGAAAUAAAUAUUUUGUUUUAUCAAAUAUAAUCGAAUCCAAUUUUAUCUAAUUGUUUUUAAAAACGGCAUUGACACAAAUUUGCGUUGAAAAGGAAUUCUCGGAAAUAUAAAUAAAAUAAACAUUAAAACGUAAAAAUUGUAUAAUUAAUUUUUGACGAGAAAAUCGAAAUUACAAAAUGAAUGUUAACAGUUAUUUGUCGCCUCGUAUGAUGGUGGGAGCAGCUAUCGUAGGCCUCGUUGGUGCUGCUGGAGUCUUUAUAUAUGAACAAGUAUAUGCCGAAAAGCGACGAGCGAUGCUUGUCAGCGAAGUUGCAAGGUUGGAUCGGCAAGUGGCUUCAAUGAGGACAGAGCUUGAAGCUCUUCGAGAGCUGCAGAAAGAGACACAUAUGCGCCGCGCGCGUCCCAAGCCGCGAGUCAAGCGUGAAGUGGCUCCGGCGGGCGACGCCACAGACUCGGAAUACUUCACGGAUUGCCAAUCCUUAAUAGGUACAGAUAUCGACAUGGACAGCGAAGAGUUCUACGACGUCCCGUCAGACGAAGAGGACACGCUCCGCGAGUCGCUGCGGAACGGACACGUCGCGAAAGUUGACAAUGAGAAUACAACAAUAACUGACGACUCAAAAUCUUCCAAGGACAGCACGUAGCUGAGAGAAUAAAAAUUAUAGGUUUAAUAGACAAGCAUUAAUAUGGUGUUAGCCGGGAAGGGAAUAGACGUAGAACUUUGGAUCAAAACGAUUACAUUAUUCGUGUUAUGGAUUUUAUAUCAAAGCAUAAUCUUCUCUCCAUAAUUUCAAGUUCAAAUACCUUGUAGCUAAUAGUGAAUUCAGACGGUAU